AUGGUGCAACACAAGACUGUUGGGGGGAAUGCAAAGACACCUGAUGCUGUUCAUGGGGGGCCCAGCUGGUGUAAGACCCCUAGUGGGCACAUCAAACGUCCAAUGAAUGCCUUCAUGGUAUGGUCUCAGAUAGAGAGGAGGAAGCUAAUGUCUCUAUGCCCCAAUAUGCACAAUGCUGACAUCUCUCGCAGCCUCGGCCAACGCUGGAAGUUACUGGAGGACACAGAUAAAAUCCCGUAUGUCAGAGAGGCUGAACGCCUGCGGCUCAAACACAUGGCUGACUAUCCCAACUACAAAUACCGGCCGCGUCGACGUGCCCGAGAUCCGGCAAACAGAACACGCACCAGACUGCCCCGUACCACAUCUAGGUGCCAACCUGCUCCCUCGCCAUGCCAGUCGGAAGUAAAUCUGGGUUCCAGCAUGCACUGGGGUGAGGAAAACACUGGGUGGGGGGGGCACAAAGCCGCCCAAUCAGAAGAGACGCAAAAUCGGGAGUCAUCACCACGCAGUCCAGAGGUGCCCCCCUACUCCCAAGCUCGCUCCUUGCCCUCCUCCCCAGAGCCAGUUGAAGAUGAUGAGGGCCCAGAGGAAAGUCUACCCGGACUCUGUUCAGGGUCCCCUUGUGUCCCACCAGAGAGAGAGCUUCUUCCAAGCAGUGGGUCCCAUUUCGAGUUUCCCGAUCACUGCACCCCCGAGGUGGUUGAGAUGAUAUCUGGGAGUGGCUUCCUUGGAAGUGUGUCCGAUCUAGUGUUCUCCUUCUGA